AGCUGAAGAGGAGGAAGAAAAAACAAAAAAGAAAGGACGCGCUGCACCGGCGCCGGCGACAUCUCCCUACCAAGCUUACGCCUUGCGUCGCGUCGUCUACUCGGUCGCCUUCGCAUCGCGCUGCUCUGGAAGAAGAGGAGGAAGAAAAAACAAAAAAGAAAGGAUCGUUACUCUCCGCAUCGCGUUCCUUCUCCAUCUACUCGACCGCCUUCGCAUCGCGCUGCACCCGCACUUUCCGCAUCGCGUUCCUUCUCCGUCUACUCGAUCGCCUUCGCAUCGCGCUGCACCCGCACUUUCCGCAUCGCGUUCCUUCUCCGUCUACUCGAUCGCCUUCGCAUCGCGCUGCACCGGCGCCGGCGCCGGCGACAUCUCCCUACCAAGCUUACGCCUUGCGUCGCGUCGUCUACUCGGCCGCCUUCGCAUCGCGCGUCGUCGCUCUCAAGCCCAUGACGAACAGCGACGGGGAUCCAAGGCCGAAUUGCCGGUCGAUGUGGCUUAGGCGGCAGCGAGCCAAAACAAGUUGCAAUGGACCGAGGGUUUUAUUAACUACAACAAAGGCUCCCUGCCAACAAGGUGAAGCUUCUGAGGAUGCCCAAAACACUAUGCCAGUACUUGAGCUUGAUAAACUUCCAGAGGAUAUCUUUCACCAUAUACAUACCCUUGUGCCACUACGAGAUGCUGCCCGUGCUGCCUGUGUGUCUCAUAGAUUUCUACGCUCUUGGAGAUGCUUCCCUAACCUCACAUUCAAUCAGGAAACAUUGGGCUUGAAUGUGCAGGAAGGCACACCAUAUGAAAGAGAGAAGAAACUUAUGGACAGAAUCGAUCACAUUGUUCAAAACCACUCUGGCAUGGGGGUGAAGACACUUAAGCUUAAAGCUCACCCUUGCCACAAUGUCAUCACGGCUGACCAUCUUGACAUUUGGUUUCAAGCUGUUAUUAAAUCUGGAAUCAUGGAAAUUGCUGUGGAGCUUCCUCAAGAUCACAGGCCAAAGUACAACUUCUCAUGUUCGCUUUUAUCUUGUGCUGGAAGCUCACUUCGGUCUCUUUCACUUUUCUCUUGUGCUUUUCGUCCAACAUUAAGAAUUGGCUGUUUGAAAAGCUUGAAAAGUGUGUGUCUGAAAUUUGUCCACAUUACUGGGGAGGAACUAGGAUGUCUUUUCUCCAGUACAAUUUCAUUGGAGGAAUUGGAAGUUUCCCUUUGCGAUGAGAUUAUUUUCUUGAACAUACCUUCCCAUCUGCAGCAGCUUAGUACCUUGAAGGUGUUUAUGUGCAAAAGGAUACAAACGAUUGAAAUUUAUGCUCCAAAGGUCUCCACUUUUUUGUUCAAAGGGCCCCCGAUGGAAAUAUUCAUCAGCAACUCAUCGCAACUGAAGUACAUGGUUAUGGAUGGUGUAUUUUACUCUGGCAUGAUCCAAUAUGCUAGGACCAAACUCCACUCCAUUGCGUCGAAUCUUCAAACCCUGACCCUGUUAUCAUCUGAAGAGGCUUUCAAUGCGCCAAUGUUGCCUGAAAAAUUCCUCCAACUCAGGCACUUGAAUAUUUAUUUUUCUGGCAUUGGAUUUAAAAACUAUGAUUAUUUUUCUCUGGUUUCUUUUCUUGAAGCUUGUCCUGCCUUGGAAAGUUUCUUCUUAGCGGCAGGUGACUAUUGUAACAUAAUGCCGAACUCAAUUCUUCAAGAUUCCAAUGCAGAUUCAUCACAUAUAAGGCGGAUUCCAGAAUUCCGCCAUGCCAACCUCAAGAAAGUAUCCAUCAGGCGAUUCUGCUCCACGAAGAGCUUGGUUGAGCUAACAUGUCAACUUAUUGAGAAUUCCCCAUCACUACGAUGCCUUGUGCUCGACACUACUCGUGGUUUUUACCCUAGUGGCAAAUGUCAGUGCAUGUAUAAGGAAGAUGUGAUCAAAGCCCUCAGUGCUGUUGAGGCUGUCAAAAGAUAUAUUGAAGGAAAAGUUCCCCCGAGUGUUGAGUUCAAGGUUCGGGAGCCAUGCAGGUUGUGCCAUAUUCCCAAACUUUAGAUGUCCUCGAGCUACAUUGUGCAUGCCGAUCUGUUAUAAAAUUAUGUAUGCAGUGUUGCUUCUGUGCAAUGUUAAAUUAUUUAAAAUUAUUUGUGGACUUGAUUUGGUGUCAGCGAUGUUAAAUAUAUUUAAUGUUUCAUGUGUUAAAUUAUAUAACUUAGUUCCUGUG